AUGGCGGAGAGUGACGAAAUCAACACGGAAACACUUCAAUCGAGUUUUCCGGCAGGCAAAAUGAAGCGAAUCAUGAAACUGGACACAGAAAUAAACAAAGUAAACUCUGAUGCGCUGUUCGUAAUCUCCACCGCCACCGACCUUUUCCUCAAAUUCUUAACAGAGAAAUCAUCGGAAGUUGCAAUCGAGAAGAAACGGAAGACAAUAAAGCUGGAGCAUCUUCGAAUGGCCGUGAAGAGGCACCGUCCGACCGCUGAUUUUCUUGUGGAUUCUCUCCCGAUGCCACCACCGGUUCAGAUCUCGUCGAAAACCGAUCGAUCUCACAAAAGCGAUGAGAAGAAAAAAAACUCGUUGCCAGCUGGCACUCGCGGAAUUAACAGUUUCUUCAAGAAAUAUGAGUAG